AUGUCGCUAAGAAAACACAAAUGCUUCUCACAACGCGAUAAGCUUAAGAUAAUAGAAGCAUACGAAGCUGGAAAAUCACGCAGUGAAAUAAUUCAUGAGUUUGGGUUACCCCUGUCUAGCUACUACAAAAUCAUUAGCAAUAGAGACUCAACGAGGCAGCAGUGUUUGCAGGGCAAGGGUUACGUACGACGGAAUCGUAGUUCCGACUAUCCUAAUCUUGAACGGUGUGUGCUGCACUGGAUCAACCAACGGUUUGGUGCUGAAGGGCAGCCACUGGAAGGACCUGUAAUAAAAGCACAGGCCAAGCUUUUUUCCAUCAAGCUUGGAAUCGACGACUUCUCGGCCAGCAAUGGCUGGUUGGACGGGUUUAAGAAGCGUCAUGAUAUCACGCUCAAUAGAUCGCAAUAUGCGCUAGCUUCAGGUGUGGGCAGACAUGGUACUGAUUGUUUUACAAAUUUGCUCGAUGAAUAUGAAGCGAAUGAUAUUUAUAGCAUCGCCGUGACGGGAUUGUUUUAUAAAUGUUUGCCUGAGCAAAUAUGUAAAUACCAAUCGAAAGAACGUCUCGAUAGUGGGAUUGAACAGGAAAAUUUAACGGUGCUUCUGUGCGCUAACAUUACAGGAACUGAGAAGCUACCAAUCCUCGUUAUAGGACGAACAAAAUGGCCGGAGUUAUUGGAAGACAAACAAAAUCCUUCUGUCCGUUAUGAGAUAAAUGCCAAGGCAUGGAUUACUGCUCCAAUAUUUCUAGAGUGGUUAACGGAACUGAACGAUAAAAUGGUAGCGAAUGAAAGACAAAUUGUGUUACUAGUUAAUCAAUUACCCGUACCUGUAAUCUUGCCAAGAUUAGCGAAUGUUAAAAUAGUAACACAUCCUUCAAAAUUCACAUCAGAUGAUACACAGCCACGACACGAUGAUUUGAUCCAUAGCUUUAAACAGAAUUAUCGUUCCGAUAUGGUCACAUAUCUCUUGAACUGCAGGAAAAAACGAAUAAAACCGAGUAUAAAACUAUCAUAUGCUCUUGAUGUAAUCGCUAGAGCAUGGCAGCAUGUAAACAGCGAUACUAUAGUUAAUCACUUUAUGCAAGCCGGCUGUUGGCCGUAUACACUGUGUGAUAGUUUAUCACAGCAGGAAACGAAGGCCAUCAACAUUCGGCCAAAUAAAUCGGAAUGGGAUAAACUUGCGCUACACGAACCGAAACUGAGCUUCAAUGAUUACGUCCGGGUAGAUGAAAAGGUUGCUGUUACCGGUAUGUUCACUAACGAUGAAAUCGUAGAAAUGGUCACGAACCAAGCAAAAAGCGAACAUGCAACGGACGAAAAGUUGGGUAUGAAAGAGCAUCUCGAUGAGAAAUGGAGAACAAUCUGGAGAACAAGUGGUCGAAUGACUCGAACGUCUAGUACCGUCAGAAUAAGCCGACAAUUGUACGCUCAGGACACAGAUGGCAACUCAAGUUCAAAUAGCUACGAAACAGUUAUCGAUCAACAAGAUGCAUUAAAAGCAUUAGAAACGUUGCACAAAUUCUUCAAACGACACGCCUAUCAGGAUGCGACUACAUUUAAUAUGCUGUAUGAUCUAGAAACGCGUAUUCAAGCUAUAGAAGUGUAA